AUGUCAAAUGAAAACCAUAUCAAGGUUGCUAUCAUAACAGGUGCUAACGGCGGUGUAGGCUUUGGCAUCUGUCAACGCUUACUUGAAUCAAAGCGUGAUCAGCUUAAACUUGUCAUGGCUUGCCGUAACCCUUCACGAGCCAAUAAAGCAAGGGACGCUUUAGUCAAGCAGUUUCCUUUUGCAAAUAUUGAUAUUGAACUUGUUGAUGUUGGUAAUGUCAAGAGUGUUUUGUCAUUCUGUCAGGCGAUCAGGGAAAAAUAUAUGCAAGUAGACUAUUUGUUUUGUAAUGCUGGCAUAUUAAGUGCUUUGGGUUUGAAUUGGAAAACUGUCCUUUAUUUGACAUUUACAGAUAUUGUGGGUCUUAUGGAACGUUCAGAUGCUACUAUUCAGAACGUCGGUGAGAUAAAUCAAGAUGGUAUGGGUGAGGUAUUUGCUGCUAAUGUGUUUGGUCAUUAUAUCAUGAUGCGUGAGCUUGAGGAACUGUUAGACUAUUCGGGUGAUGGACGAAUUAUCUGGACAAGUUCAAUUACUGCUAAAUAUGAUUGUUUUAAUAUUGAUGACUGGCAAGGUAUUAAAUGUAAAGAGCCUUAUGAAUCCUCUAAAUGGGCUUGUGAUCUUGUAUCCAUUGCAUCUAGUGAACGAUUUAAGCGUCAAGAAACACGUAUUGUUUCUUUCACUACAUCCCCUGGUGUCGUAGCAAGCGCUAUAGGUAACUUACCAAUCUGGAUGCGCUUCUUGGGUGUGAUAUCCCAAAAUAUUUCAGCCUACAAUGGCGCUAUUGCUGAUGUAUAUGUAGCAUUGGCACCACUCUCUACACUUGAUUACCUUCUUCGAUACAGCUCAUGCACCAAUCGCUGGGGGAAAGCGUAUGUAGAUGCCCGCACAAUCCCAGGCUAUAAUCGUGAUAUUGCAGAGAAAUUAGUAGAAAAAUGUGAAUUAAGCUAUCAAGCCUUUAAAAAAGCCUACAACAUCUAA